AUUCUCGCAGUAAUAAUUUGCUUUCGGUUCAUUACACAUUUGCGGGGUUUAUACUUUUAAAAAUUAAGGGUAAACCCGAUAAAACAUUGGCAAAAUAAAUGAAAACGGGAUAAGCGAUAGUGAAAUUGAGUUGAAAUUUUGGUUGAAAACAUUUCGAGUAAAAGGAUCAAAAAAUAUCCAUCAUAAAGUGGAUAAGUCACAGUGAUAUUUUUGGGCAACAAAUUUAAAGUCGAAAAAGGAGUGACCUGCGUGCCCAACGGAGUAACUCUCCGAGGUCUUAAACAAUCAGACUACCAAAAUGCUUUUAUCGAUGCGAGAAUGGCCACGAAUGCAUUCGCGAAUAGUUGCACGAGUUUUCUCAAGCGCUAGCACAACCAAAAGCAAAACUGAUUUUCCCAGGAGCGCAUCGCAAUAUCGCACUUCUAUGCUCGGAGUCGGAAAGCAUCGCACCAAUCAAUUGACUAUUCAGGAGGCACGCGAGCAAAAUCUUAGUAGAACUAUGUGUACGAGUACUUCGUCAACAAUUGGAAAUCUUUCUGUGCCCUUGGCUAUGGGGAAAAAUGAGAUUCGUGAAUUUAUCGCUGUCUAUCCAGAUGUUGUAAGCGAGCUUACGGAGUUUGUCAAUAGAUACGAAAGCAAAGUGGCGGCAGACUGGUUCGAGAAGGCUUUGCAGUACAAUUUGUCACUAACCAAUAUGAAAAACAGUGUAAUUGCCGUUUUGACGUACAAAUAUUUAAUGAAAGGCGAUCAACUCACUGAGGAAAACUUAAGAUUGGCGCAUUUGCUUGGCUGGUGCCUUGAACUGCUUCACUCUGUCAUCGUCAUCACUGAUGAUAUCGUGGACAACAGCACCACACGUCGGGGCCAGUUGUGUUGGUAUAAAUUAGAGGACGUAGGUCUCAAUGCUGUAAACGACGCGUUCAUGAUUGAAAAUGGCAUCUAUGAACUACUCAAAAAACAUUUCCGUCACUUGGACUGCUAUGUUGAUCUGGUCGAAUUAUUUCGCCAAAGUACUUUUAAAUUUAUAUCUGGGCAGACAAUGGAUAUGCUUGUUGGUCGAAGGAGCGUGAGCACUUUCACUAGGAACAUGUACAAUGAUAUUGUAAAGAAUAAAACUGCCAGCUACUUUUUCUAUUUACCCAUGGCUGUGGCUUUACAUUUGGCAAACGUUAAAGACCAAAAAAUGUUCAGCGAAUGUGAAGCCAUUGCAAUUGAGUUAGGUAAUUUCUAUCAAAUGCAAAAUGAUUUCCUUGAUUGCUUUGGCAUUCCUGACAUCACUGGUAAGAUUGGCACAGACAUAGAGACCAAUACGUGCAACUGGUUGGCUGUGACGUGCAUGGAAUUAGCCAACCCGGAACAAAAGUCGCUCAUGGAGGAGUGUUAUGGACAAAGUGAUCCACAGAAGAUCGCGCGUGUUAAGCAGCUUUACGAAGAACUGAAUAUACCCAGCCUCUAUGCCAAACACGAGGAAGAAACAUACAACAGGAUUAAAACACUUAUUCAGCAGGCAUCGGAUAAUGUGCCACGUGAAGUUUUACAAGAAGUUCUUAACACAAUUUAUAAAAGAGAAAUUAAAUAAAAACUAAAUACAGUCAGAAAAAAGGA